GGGAGGAUACCGUUCGAAAGCACACUUGUUAGAGAAGAAGACUCAGAAAAGAGAGGAUUGAGCAAUGGGAAGGGUGAGAGAGAAAGCAAAAUGUGACUACGAAGCUCUGAGAAAGGCUCGAAUGUUGGAGAACAAGGCUCGAUUGGAGUCCCUCGGUGUUAACAAAACCAUUUCUCAGCUUCAAAAACCAAAGAAAACUCGCCCUUACAAUAAAAGGGUCUAUGGUCUCACCCCCUUACGCCGCUCCCAACGAAUCAACACUGCCACCGUCACUGUCACCGUCACCGACCAUCUACUGCGAGGAUCUCACCAUUUGGCCAAAACCACUUCCACUCCCCCUUUCAUCCGAAAACAAGAGAAAGAAACAUUGUCUGUAGAGGAAGAUGAGAUUGAGCAGCGGAGGCCUGCCAAUGCACCUUUCAUAAAACUGAGCGUUGAAGACCUUAAGGUUUCUGCAGAGAUUUCGGCUCAGCGAUGCAACAGCAAAGGAAGAGGCAGUGUCUACAAUUCAAUUUUGGGAAUAUGCUGCCACUUUUGCAGGCAAAAGAAAUUGUGUGGCGAAGAAGACUGCAAAAGAUGUGGAAAUUGUGAUGUGAAUGAAUCAUGCCUGGGAAAGACUGAUUGUUCUGUCUGUCACUCAAGCACUGGUGUUUUCUGUAGAGCUUGUCUCAAGAUUCGAUAUGGCGAAGAAAUAGAGGAGGUGAGAGAGAACAAGGGAUGGAUGUGCCCACAUUGCAUAGAAGAGAGAGGAAUGAAGCCUUACUGGAUAUGUAACAGCUCAAUAUGCCUGAGGAAACGAAAUAUUCCUCCAACUGGAUUAGCAAUAUACAAAGCUCGGGAAAUGGGAUAUAAAUCAGUGGCACAUCUACUAAUGGAAGAAUUGAAACGUGGAGAAGUGCAAAAAUUACAAGGGAUUACCACGUAAAAUCAAGAUGUAAUCAGCAGUUAUUUUCUGACUUUGUAGAAUUUACUUUACUAAAAUGCAGGACCUGAGUUAGAUUUUCAGUGGCACUCAUUUGACUUUGAUAUAGAUUAGUCUGCUUCAUUAUUUUCUUUUAUGAGGAUUAGCUUUGUUGAUUUACCUGUAAUCAGUGUUGAAUG